ACCCCUCCGAAGUGCUAAAUACUAGCGUCCUCCCCUGCGCAACUCAUUCUGCUGUGAUCAGUUUGUGUUUCUCUCGUUCCGUUGCUCUCUUUCGCUCAUUUGCCGUCAUUUUCCAACCAUGAAUUUCUACAAUCUUCUCUUCGCCAUUGGUGCGUGCUGUUUCCCGACCGAACAAAUCCAAAUGUUCGAUGAACUUCCUGUGGAGCUCGUGAUUCAAAUCUUAAGCUUUUUGGAUCCCAAAUCUCUGUCACUCAUGUCAGGAAUGAACAAACGCCUGUUUCACAUUUGCAAGAACAAUAAAGGCCUAAGAACCACAAUCCGCAGAUAUUUACGCAAAGAACGGAAGGAACAACUGAAGAAGAUGUUAAACCCAGUCAAAAUCAGGGUUGUCAGGCAAGAAACCGGAAGUACGAAUGAUGCUUUCCAAAAUCGAAAUGCCAGAAGAGGAGUUGUUGCCACUCAAAAUUUCGAGCCCACAGUUCUCAGGAGAGAAACCGCAAGCCCGGAUGUAGUACUUCAUCGCCAAAAUAAUAGGGGAGGAUCUCGCGUCACUCAUACCUUCGAGUCCGCGCAAGUCUUGCCGUCGACGAGACGGCCCAUUGCUGCCGUCUCCAAGAAAAGAUCACGUGGUCAGGAGAAGAACCCAGGACCGGGACUCGCCAAAAGGAUGCGGAUUUGAUUUGUCCUCCGCAACUUAGUUUUUAAGUUUUAUCUCGAGUAGUUUUAUCUCUUUUUGCGACUGUAACUGAUUACAUCGACUGAGCGACUGAUUUUUAUUCUGUAAAUAGUUGUUGUUUGUACAGUAUUGUUGAAUUAUAUCGUUGUUAUUUGUACAUGUUUUUUUGUUAAAUAAAAUUGUAUGUCAUAAA